GACCAAUUUUUUUAAUGGGCACUGACGUCCGGCUACUGAAAACUUGUUUUUAGCUGAUUUUUAAUAAUUUUUAUGCUUUGAUAAUGGAAAGAAACAAAAUGAUUGGAAGUGGACGAAAUAAGAGCAAAUGUGCCCUCCCACCGCAUAGCAAUGAAUUAUUUGCAUUGGGAAAAGCAUCCUCGUCGACGGGAGCAAAGCCCCUGGACCGGAAGAGGGAACUCCCGAGUGCAUCGAGCUCCACGUCGGGGUCGCUGUCGAAGAAGGGGCGCCUCAGUGUGGGGAAGACAGUUGAGAAGCCAUCGAGUGAAUUGGAUGUUUGGGAGCAAUCGAUAGUUGAAUGCGAGCCCGUGGAAUUGGUGGCAUCGGUGUUUGCGGCGAUUGAUCUGCAGGACAGCGAUACCCUCAUAGGGCUUCUGUGUGGGGCUAUCAAACUCAUGGCCACCACACGGCAUCAGCCGGACAACAUUUUGCUGCUGUCUCUGCUGUACCUGUCCAAACUCCGGCCAAAUCUCUUUGCCAACGACAUCGUCACAUCGGCCCUUGUGGGUGUGCUGAAGCAGCAUCAGAUGCAACAGCAGCAGCUCCAGAGUCAAGGUCCGAGCUUCCUCGAACGCUCCCGCACGAAUACCAUUGUCCAGGUGAUGGUGACAAAUCUCCUCAUGCGAGGAUACCACGACAAGGCGCAAUGGCCUGAUAGUUUCAUCCACCUCUUCAUGGAGGAUGCAAUAAAUGAGCGCAUCUGGGUGGACAAUGAUGACUGCCAGUGCUUUGUUGAGAAUAUCUGUGCACAAUUUGGCACCAAAGUCCCCCCGAAGAAUAUUCUCACGUCCGAAAUCACAACACUUGCUGCCGCUUCCGGAAGUUCCGCCGGGGCAAAGGACACCGUGACAAUUGACGAAGAAUCCUCGGAAUCAAUGCAGAGUAAUGACAUGAAAUCCGGCUCUGAUAGCCUCCACGAUGUUGUGCGGAAGCCACGAUUCCCCCACAUUGCGGGAACAAUUGAGAAACUUGUCGUGGAUAUGGUCAAAGAGACCCUCAAUCGUCGUACAUCCCCUGAAUCAUCCACAAAGAACUUCCUGCGCUUUCUCUCGUCAGUCUGUGGCAUUCCUGAGGUUCGUGCUCAGGCUAUUUCCCGCUUAGAGUUGUGGAUACACAGUGGGAAGCUCCUGAAGCCCGCACAGGAACUCCUGGCUUACAUUUGCUUCAAUAUUAACGGGAAAAUUGCGCGCGAUCACGAAGUCCUCACGAAUCUCGUGAAAAUUCGCCUCAAAACAAAGCAAAGUAUCAAUGUUUCCCUCCUCUGUAUCCGGGAAAUUGUCAAGCAGCAACCGGAUCUUCUGCCCAUUCUCCUCAAGCUUGUGGUGCAGAAUGAAUUGUCAAAUGCCCGAAAUCCCAAUAAUAGCGGCAUGCUGGCGAGUUUAUUCCAGGAACGUCCCAACGCCACGGCAAAGUGUUUAGCGGAGAUCUAUCAGGAAUUCCUGCUGCAGCGAGAGGUGCAGCGUGAGGACUACUGCAGGACAUUGAGAGUCUUCCUCAAGGAACUCGUUAAAAUGCUGCGUUACGAUGUGAAUUUGCAGGUCUUUAUAAAGUCCCUGCUGACCUUCCGGGAGGAGAUCAACUACCAAUUGCGUCAUUUUGAAUUCAAAGAGCGUGUCCUGCAGCUCAUUGUUGAGAUUGCCUGCCUCAGCAUUGUCCUGUCAGUUUCCCCGCAAAUCCGUGAAGUUGUCACGGCACAGAGGAAUCUCAAGGAGACCCAGUCAAAUUUUAAUCCUGUCCUGAGUCAAUUUUAUGAGUAUGUGGCCUCAAUUCAGCUGGAUAUCCUCGCGUGGAUUCACGAAGUUGUCCCAUUGACAUUCAAGCCAACUUCCCCGGAAUAUCGACAGAUUCUCCUGAAGAUUCUCUUCCUGGACACAAUGGAUCAGUACACGAAGAGUGAUCAAUGGCCACCGGAACCCGAUCGGACGUCUCUGUUGAAGCUCGUCUCGGAGAUUCCUGUGCGUGAGGAUGCCCUUCUGCGGAUAAUCUAUAUUGGUGUUACGAAGGAGAUUCCCUUCUCCGUGCCAGACACAAUGGAAAUUCUGGAGCAGAUUGUCAAGAGAGCGGCACAAUUUAGAUUUGCCACAGAUUACGCCACAUUGCGCGUGAAUAAGUUGGAGAUUAUUGAUUUUCUCUUCAGUAUGGCUGAGUACCAUCAUCCGGACAACAUUACCCUCCCAACGGGCUAUGAACCACCAAAAUUGACAAUCAGCGUCCUUUUCUGGAAGGCCAUUAACAUCCUCCUGCUGCUCUCGGCGCACAAUCCGGAGACAAUUGGGGCCUUUUGCUGGGAACACUAUCCCCUGAUGCGUACCCUCAUGGAAGUUUGUAUUACAAAUCAAUUUGCAGAGCUGAAGAAAAUUGAGGAUAAUGCAAAGUUGGCUGUGGCGGAAAAAUCGCAAAUUUUGGAAUUUGAAUCCCAUUUAGCAGCUGCAACGUCCAAAGUUAUCAUCACGGAGCAGAAUAGCUUGCUGCUGUCGCAAUUGAUGCUCAUUGACCCAAUGGGAGCUUCCCGGAAGCCACCAAAUGUGAUUGUGGAUCAGCUAAAGGGGCUCAAUGUUGCGUACAAGUUGGGGCAUUUGCUGUGCCGUAGCCGUAAACCGGACUUCCUGCUGGAUAUCAUUCAACGACACGGGACAACGCAGUCAAUGCCCUGGCUGGCGGAUUUAGUGCAGAAUAGCGAAGGGGAAUUCUGUCAUCUACCCGUACAGUGCCUGUGUGAAUUCCUCCUGUCCAAUUCGCAGAUUAAUCUCGAGAAUGUGCGUGAUUGUGAGCUUGUGUCGUACCUGCAGAAUUUGCUGCAGGUGAAAACGGAUGAUUCCCAAAUUCCCCUGGAGGUUCUUGAGUACUUCCUCCGGAGGCUGUCGUCGACAAGCAAACAAAAUCGCGAUAUGACCAUUAAAGCCCUGAAGAUCCUCUUGAAGAUCUUUGAAGAUGACGAGGGGGCACAGUACGCCCCCAAAGCCGAAUCAUCCGAUUGGCUACUCAAUCAACUGCCAAAAAUCCCGAAUUUUCUCUGUGCACGCCAAUCAAUUAUUGUCUUCCUCCGGGCUGCGUGUCAAGUGGAGAAUUGUCCACGUCUCAUUAUGCUGUACAUUCAAUUCAUCGCCACGCACACCCUUGAGGAUAGCCUGACGGAGAUGAUUGAGAAUAUUGUUGAUAUGUCCCAGUUGAUUGUGGAACGUUCAACGGUUCUCUGCUACAUUACGCCCAAUGGGCAGGAUACACUCACAGAGACACGCAUCCAGACGCUAAAUUGCCUCUUUGUGAUGUUCAGCAACUACUUUAAGCACCUCAAGGAGCAAAAGCAGACAAUUAGCUGGCCAGAGUAUCAAGAUGUCAUCAUGGUGCGCUUCUACGAUGGCACAGAGCUUCCAAUUCAUCUCAACAUCCUCCAUGCUCUUGUAAUCCUUCUCACCUUCUCAGGGAUUCAGCCAAUUAAUAUGGAUGAGAUUAUUGAGUAUUGGUUCCCACCGAAUUCCUACAUUCCCACGGGGUGGCAAAUUGAAACUGCCGAAGCUGUGCAGAUACUCCCGGAUUGGCUAAAGCUCAAAAUGAUUCGAAGCCCGGUGGAUCGUCUUGUGGAUGCAGCACUGCAGAAUUUAACUCCGGAUCAAGUUUUACUCUUCCUGCAGAGUUUUGGUGUGCCAACGACAUCCCUGUCGAAGCUGCUUGCCCUCCUCGAUAGGAUUGUCAUUGAAAAAAGUGAUUUUGUGGCAUCGGCAGCCCUUCAUCGCACCUACUUGGCGCAAUUGAUUGAAAUUCAGCAGAGUCGUGGUGCAAAGAAUGGCCAUAUUGCCGCACAGGCACUCCAAAUUGGUGCUCCUGCACUGAAAAAAUCCCCACAGCGUGUGAAGAAAUCCCUCCCGGACAUCCCAAUGCUUCCCAUUGACUACAGAGACACACAAUUUGAUCCCCUGAUUAAAAUCCACAAAACAACGGAUAUUGAUGACAUCUUGCGGCAGGUGAUUGUUAAUGGGAAUCGUGGGUAUGUGCGGAAGUUCCGGAAGCUGAUGCAGCAACUCCUAGCUGGGGAAUUGGUGGACAAAGUGUGGUACAGUGUGGGGAAGAUUGCAAAGAAUUUGGGGCAAUUGGAUGCACACAAGUGCACGUAUCUCGGGGAAAUCUAUCGAAUCCUCCUAAUGGGUGCUGAAAAGACACACCGUAUACCACCUGAGAUGCUUCGGGAGAGUCUCCACAGGGUGCUGCAGCAUCGUGAAGUGGAUUCAAUGCACAAGUUUAAGAUGGAACACAAAGCAGCAGAUUACACCAAUGUGAGCUUGAGGAAUGAAUUAAUGGCUCAGGGGGAGGCAGAUGGGAGCAUAAUAGGGGCACUGAUUGAGAAGCUUCGUGGGGAGAAGGCACCACAAGGUGUGGGGAUAAGUGAUCGUACGGGGCUUGUGGUUGAUUCGCUCGUUGAUGUUGAUUCGGAGCUAGUCUCACGGAAUUUUAGCACUCAAAUGGAUCUUCUUUUUGCCACAUCGCACCACAAAUUUCGCUUUUACCUGCUGAGUUUGUUGAGUCAUCAAACGAAUUGGAAGACACUCGAAGAUGUUCUCCGGAAGUUGUUGGAAACCUACGCAGAGGGCAAUGAUCCGGGAGCUGUGUUGAAUUUUCUCUCAACAAUCCUCAAUAAUCCCAAAUUGUGGCAGGCACGUGACAAUAAGAUGCAUCGGGAUACGGGAGAACGUAUUGUGGAGAUUGAGAAGCAACAAAUACACGUUCUCGUUGAGUACGUUCUCAAGGAGGCAGAUACGGAGAAACUCUGCUCCCGGAUUAAUCUUAUUUUGCAAUGUAUACGCCCUGAGAGUCUUCCGGAGGUGAUUGAUUGUCUCGUGGAUGGUACACAGAGGCACCCUAUGGAGAUAAGGCAGCAAUUCCUGCAGCAACUCUACCUCAAGGUGCCCUUUAUAAAAUUCCUCCGAGAUGGAGAUAAACGCCUCCAGGGGGUAAUUGAGAAAAAUCUCCAGAAAUUCCCGGAAUGUUCAGCAGAUGGUAUCACGCAUUGCAUCCUAACGUUCAUUGCCAGCUUGUCGGGUGUGAAGGAACGUCAGGAAGUGCAGGAGAGUAUUGAAUUGCUAGCAAGGAAACUCGCAGCGGCACAUCCAACAAUUGUUCUGCGACAACUCCCUGAGAUUGCGGGACUCCUAAAGGGACGUGCUGAGAUGGAUUCACAAAUUUUCCGUGCUGAGAGUCACAUGAUGGUCUUCAAUUACUUCUUUGGCGUUCUGGAGCUCAUGCAGCCGCAUAUUUUUGCGCGGGAGUAUCAAGAGAAUCUCAAUACAAUCCUCACGAGUUACCUUUAUGCCCUGAAGCAGCAUCAUGCGCACAACAAGGAAUUUCUCUCACUCACAUAUCGCUUCACGGAAUUCAUUGAGACGUACUUCAAUACAAGCAAUGGGCAGGCAUUUCGCUUCAUUCAGACCCACAUGAAAUUCUUCCAGGAGAUUGCCCAGAAGAAUCGAAGUGUUCCCGGAUUGGGGCAAUUGCUGCAGAAUGUUUCACUGCAGCAACAUCAGACGCCGGUUGAUGGGCAAACUGCAGCGGAUGUGCACGAGAAGACACUCCAACCGGUGCUCAAUCGCACCUCCUACGGAAUUUCCCAUCAUUGGGCAGCAAUCAUAAAUCAACGCACUGACGAUGAAUCCUGCAUCCCAACACUAAUGGAGAUGAGUAAUGUGAUGAUGAAGCCAACAACGGAAAUGUCCGAAGCGUACUUUGAAAAGCUUCUCACGCUCAUCUUUUCGCAUCUUGUGAGUCUUCGUGACACCGGCUACAUCCUCCUCAUACGCUACCUACGUGCCAAUCCCGGCAGUUCAACAAUCAAUGCUAGCGCCACAAAUGCCUAUUUUCGUUGCUUAACCUCAGAUAAUCUCGCCGUUGUGGCAUCUGCACUGGAUGUCCUCAGUGAGAUGGUCUCAUGCUUGCAGGAGUCAGCACAGGAUAUUCUGCAGUGUGUCUUUGCAAUUGGUGUCUCAUCCAAACUCAAUACAUUCACGUGUUUGAAGAAAUCCAUUGGAGUUCUCAAAAUGCAACAUGCCUGCUGAACAGAAUGAUCCAAUAAGUGGAAGAAUCCUGCCAGGAAGACAAAAAAGAGCGACUUGACAGGACCUCAUGAUGUAGCAUUUUUUUUCUUAAAGAAUAAAUAAAGAAAUUUUGAGAAAAA